CCGCCCACCAGCUCAUAGAGUGCCUCUGCCCUCACCAUCGAGCCUCGUACUAUUUUCCACUAGCGUUAGAGCAACAUCCUGUCUGUAGUUCAGGGGGCUAGCCAGCCUGUCUGUGAGUACCCAGCGAUCACCUAGAUGUCUCUCUGUCGGAAGGACCAAUAUGAACACAAUGGGCACUGCUGUGACAAGUGUCAACCAGGAUUCCAUAGGGAGAAGCACUGCAAUGGCAGAGAACAAACCGAAUGUAAGGCCUGCAAAUCAGGGGAAUAUAUGGAUUUUCCAAACUUCGCAAAACACUGCAUUCGAUGUUCGUACUGCGAGGAAGGCAGUAACCUCGAGGAGGUUGGAACCUGUACCCAAACGACGAAUACAGAUUGUCACUGCAAGACCGGUUUCUACUGUUACACCCGGCAGGCGAAGAAGUGUGAACUAUGCAGGAAAGUCACGGACUGUGGCUUUGGAGAGGGCGUUGUCAGAGAAUCCACCGAGAACAGCGACAGCAUUUGCGAGAAGUGUCCCCCGGGAACAUAUUCCAACGUAACUGACAGUGUUUCCGCCUGUCAGAUACACACAAAUUGUUCUCAGAUUGGGGAGCACACUCUCACUCCGGGGACACCACAAGCAGACGCCCUGUGUACAACCUUCAUAUCAACAAGGACCUCACAAGGAACCUUGGCUAUGACAACCUCAGCACAACACCCCAGCCCGAGUGACUGGAGUGUUGCUGUCCUGGUUAGUGUUGGCCUGCUGGUCACUGCCCUCGCAGUCAUUCUGACCAACGUGUGUAUGAGGAAGAGGAGGCGGAGAAGGACAGUGAACCUGAAGCGUAAGGAGAAUCAGGCAACUGAGAAGAUGGAUGAGCUGCUUGAUCUGCGUCUGGUGAAGAUUAUGUUGGACAAGUCGGAGGAAGUGGUGGAGAAUGUGAUGGGGGGUCGAAGGCCGAGCGCUUCUCUUUCGAAGGAUCCCCCUCUGGAGUUGGACACUCUGAAGGGGGAUGCAGCUCUCUACUUGCAGCUCCAGCCCCACCAACCCCGUCUCUAUGCUGAAGUCAUCCAUGGCAACAGACAAAGCGAGACUCAUGGACCAGUCUACGAGAACUUGCAUUUGAACCCUAUCAGCUGCAAGCGUCUGGCAGUCGAUUGGAGCAGGAGUGGGGAGAGACUAGCAGUGACCAUCAGUGACAACUCACAUGCAGAUAUCGCCUCCUCCUGUGCUGAACCCUUCUCCCAUCCCUCCCAGGCACCCAGCAGCGUUGACCAAGGACCCCAAGUUCUCUGCAGCCUGCGCGUUGACGACUCGGACUGCAAUAUGCUCGAGACCGAUUCUGCAGAGGCCAACGCUCCUCCACUCCCCAAAAAGUCGAGGGACCGGAUCUCAGCCUCUGCAGUGGAGGUGAGUGAGUCUUGGAGCCUCAGGAGCACUCGUCUGGAGUCCGGCGCUGGAGGAGCCACAGGACCCGAGAGCCGCCCUCCGACCUGCUCGGCCCGGAGCCCGCCCACCCUGACCGCCUCGGAGCUAUUCGACCCGGGGAACCACCACCGGCCGUCCGGCCCGCCCGCCGUCCUGUCUUCCCCACCGCCGGCCCCCGAGGGGCCCCAGCGGCCCGCGAGCGACAGCACCCUCACAAGAGGAGGAGGAGGAGGAGGAGGAGGAGGAGGAGGAGGAGAAGCAGGAGGAGACGUUAGAGGCCGGGAGGUUCCAUGGUCUUACGCCAAACGAGCCUCGUGCCGGGGACAGGAGGGGAAGCUCCUCUCGGAGUCCAACCUGCAGCCGGAGGAGGACGAGUGGACCGGAUGA